ACAGAGCAGAGGUUGUGUGAACAUACAGCGAUAAUUUAACGAUAUAUUUAUAUUUUAGCUGCAUUAAAUCGAGCCAGCUGUUACACAUAAGAAACCCUCUAGCCUCAGCAUAAUGACCGACGAGACUAAACCCGGUUCUUUAGGUUUCUUCUCGAGCUACGACGAUUUGAGCGACAGCAGCGACUCCGACGAUGAGGCUCAAAGUCGGAAGAAGACGAGCCUGAAACCGGCAGCACAAGCUCCGGGAGGCGACGCACAGUCCUCCCGGUCCGGAGCUCCUCUACCGGGACCCGACGAGCUCUUCAACUCGGUGUCCAAACCGGCUUUUCUCUACAACCCGCUGAACAAGGAGAUAGACUGGGACAGCUUGGCGGUGAAAGCACCCGAAGAGCCUCCCAAGGUGUUUAAGCCAUGGAAGACAAAUGCUGUACCACCUCCUGAUAGCUACACCUCAGAGCCAGAGAAGAAGAAGGGACCCCCUCCUGGCAUGGACAUGGCUAUAAAGUGGUCCAAUGUGUAUGAGGACAACGGGGAAGAUGCUCCGCAGGCUUACACCGGCAACGCCCGUUUCCUUCCUUCAGAGGAGCAACCCUCUGAAUCAGAUGACGAUGAUGACAAGCUUGACUCUGCCAAGAGACGUCGUGUGGAGACCUUCCAGCAGAAGGAGAAGAGGAAGAGGGACAUGGGACAAGCCACCUCUGACAAAAAUUUUGUCGAGGAGGAGAAAAGGAUCCUCAGACAAAAUAUAGAGUGAGGCCUACAUCACCUCCAACAAGAAAUUGGGUUUCUAAUUUAAACAUUUAAUGUCAGCUAAGAACGUAUAAUGACAUUAACACAUCAGCCAGGUAGGUGGUGUGAUGCGAACAUCAAUGGACAUCAAUGGUGUAAUUCUGGUGUUUUACAAUCUGGGUUUUCAUAAUUUAAGCCUUCAUCCUUCUUGGUUUUUACUCACCAGCUGUCUCCCAGAGCAAAGAGAUGUGUGGACUUGAAAAUGUGCACAGGGCAUUACCAAACAAGUGAUCUGAUACUAUACCAUCGCCUUUUCUUUACUUCUAAAUAGUUUAAACGUCCCUGCAUAUCUGGGUUCUUGUAUAGAAGCUGGUGAACAAAUAUCAUAACCAUUAAGAAUGGAGGCGAAAACUACAAAGAAAUACAUUGCAGGGUUAUAAAAAACUGCUAUUUUGCUUUAAAUAAUGGUUCAGCAACCUACCCGUCCAGCCGUGACAUAUUAAACAUAAAGUGUAGUCAGUUGGCUUUUGCCUCUUGAAUAUUUUUAUUUAUUUAGCUGAAAUAACAGUGACAUCUGGCUGUGGCGGUAUGUGUUUGUGAUUAGUCUUGUGUUAUACUCAAUAUGUAUUCACCUCUGACGUUUGCCUGUGCUUGUUUUUUUGUGACUUUUUUUUUGGAAAAUGUGUUCAGAAUUACUGUAAAUCUGUUGAAAUUACUAUUUAAAAAGUUGCAUGAUCUCCCUGCUUAUUGGCACUAGAUGGCGCCCCUAAGCAAUACUAGAAUACACCCAUUUCAUGUUUUUAGGGAAGUCUGUUGAACUUCACAACCAAAUCACAACCUGAGCCUGUAUAUAUAUAUGUAGUGUUUUCUCAGGAAGGGAACAUUGAUCUUCAAUUUGGAAGUUUGUCUCAUCUCAGUUCUCUUGAGAUACUCGAUGCAUACAGACUGUUGAGUCUCAUGUGUCUGGUAUUACACAACACUUCACAUCUGUGCUGAAAAAUGUAAGAAUAUAAAGAACUUACUUUAUCAACUUUUACAAAAAGAUAUUUGGAACACUGUACUGUUUUAUGGACUCAAACAUUGAUUAGUAUGAACAGUUGUAUACGGAUGAUUUCAUAGUUUGUUCUCAAUGAGAUAUUAUUCCUCAUAAAACCACUUAUAUUUUACUGGAGAAAGUUGUGCUGUCAGUCAUUUGAAUUUAGA